AUGAUUUUCCUUCGUCAUCAUUUAGAUGAAGGAAUAAAAAUAGAGUAUCUUACUGUUAAAGAUCCUCUUGUCCUUUGGCAAGAUUUGAAAGAAAGAUUCGACCACCUGAAUUGGUCGUUCUUCCAAAAGCCCGAUAUGAUUGGCUUCACUUACGGCUGCAAGAUUUUAAAUCUGUCAAUGAAUAUAAUUCAGUCAUGUUCAGAAUCACUUCUCAAUUAUCAUUAUGUGGCGAAAAAGUCACUGAUGAAGAUAUCAGCAAUAUCGAGAGAAGGGUUUAAAAAAUAUUCUGAACUUAUUGCAUGUCUUCUCUUGGCUGAACAAAACAAUGAAUUGUUGCUGAAAAAUCAUAAGUCCCGACCAACUAGUGCAAGUCCAUUCCCUGAAGUGAAUGCGACCCAAUUUCAAAAUUCUGGUCGAGGUCGUGGACGUGGCUGUAGAGAUGGCCGUGGAGGAGGCCGUGGAUGUGGUCGUGGCCGUGGACGUGAUCGUAGUAAAUUUGUGCCUCGUGAAAAUUUUAACCGUGGCAAACAACAAAAUAUUUCUGAAAAGAGGGAAAAUAACUACGAUCAGAAAAAUGGAGAAAAGAAAGUUUAUGAAGAAAAAUGCUACCGGUGUGGUGUGGAAGGUCAUUGGUCUCGUACCUGUCGUAUGGCCGAACAUCUUGUUGACCUCUAUCAAGCAUCAUUGAAAACGAAAGACAAAGACAUUGAGACAAAUUUCAUUGAUCAAAAGAAUGACUAUGAUGAUGGUGAUGAUGCUGAUAUAACACAUCUCGAUGUUGCUGAUUUUUUUGAGCAUCCUGAAGAUGUCAACAAAUACUCCAUGAUUAUUUAA